CUUUGCUAAGGAGUGCUAAAGUGGCAAUGAAACAGCCCAACAGAAAGAGGAAGCUUAGUAUGGAUUCCAAAGAGCAUUUGAAUCAGGAUGGAUGCUUGGAGCAAGCUGAAGAAGAAAAGAAGCCCAGGGAUGGUGCCACCCCAUUGAGUCACGUCCCCUCAGUGGCUGCACAGGAAGCUUGGUCUUGGGAGCAGUACUUGACAGAACAGAAGGCUAUAGCGGCACCCGUGGAACUGUUUUCCAAGGACCAAUCCUUUCCGGAGCACGAAAAUGGUUUUCAGGUUGGAAUGAGAUUAGAAGGCAUUGACCCCCGACAUCCAUCUGUAUUCUGUGUACUGUCUGUAGCUGAGGUGUGUGGUUACCGCCUAAGACUUCAUUUUGAUGGUUAUUUAAGCUGCUACGAUUUUUGGACCAAUGCUGGUUCCCCUGACAUUCAUCCAGUAGGGUGGUGUGAAAAGACCAAACAUGAAUUGCACAUCCCUAAGGGUUAUAGAAAAGAUAAAUUUGUUUGGAUGGAUUACUUGAAGGCCUGCAAAUUGCAAAAUGCUCCCAAGAAAUUAUUCAGAAACCGGAGUUCUAAUGGGCCAAUGCCUAAAGAAUUUCAGGUUGGAAUGAAGCUGGAGGCCGUCGACAGGAAGAACCCUUCCUUGGUGUGUGUGGCAACCAUAGCAGAUAUUGUUGAAGAUCGCUUACUAGUGCAUUUUGACAAUUGGGAUGAUAGUUACGAUUACUGGUGUGAUGUAAAUAGCCCUUAUGUCCAGCCAGUUGGUUGGUGUCAGGAGAAUGGAAGAACUCUGAUAGCACCCCAAGGUUAUCCUGAUCCGGAAAAUUUUUCCUGGACAGAAUAUCUGGAAGCUACUCAAACUAAUGCUGUUCCUGCCAAAGUUUUUAAAAUGCGGCCACCCCACGGUUUUCUGCCCAGCAUGAGGCUUGAAGCGGUGGACAGACGGAACCCCAGGCUAAUUCGCGUGGCUACAGUCAUCGAUGUGGAUGAGCAGCGGUUAAAGGUUCAUUUUGAUGGCUGGGACCACAAAUAUGACUACUGGAUGGAUGCAGACAGCCCUGACAUCCACCCGAUUGGAUGGUGUGACAUAACAGGGCAUCCCCUGGAAGUACCAUAUCGAGCAAAUGAUGUGAAAAUCCUUCCAGGUCAAGCUGUUUGUCCUACUCCAGGGUGCCGAGGAAUAGGCCAUAUCCGUGGUCCACGGUAUUCAGGACAUCACAGUGCUUUUGGCUGCCCGUAUUCCGACAUGAACUUGAAAAAGGAGUCAACUCUUCAUGACCGUCUGCGAGAACAGACACAGGCAAAUUUGGAAUCUGACUCUUCACAUUCAAGAUCAAAGAACCUCUGUAGUUUGAACUUCAACGGAAAACACGAGAAGGUGAACAGUCAGCCCAGACUUGUACAGCAGGCAAAGUGUUUGAAAAUCAAAGGAAAAGAAGAUAUUGACUUGGAUAAUCUCUUCAGAGGAUUGUGGUUACCAUUUUACUUGCUGUUCACACAGUUGAGAGUCCGUAUGCGUGACCUGUCCAAGGUCACACAGCUGGUAAACGACAGAGUUAGGUUCGGUUUUCCUCGGGAGUCCAAGGCUCUUCCCUGUAGUGCACCGCUCCUGGAGCUGCCGGGCUGUGCGCCUCGGUGGAAGGUGUCAUUAGACGGAACACUGGAGAAUUGA